AUGGCUCAAGGUAGAACUUGCCAUUUCAAGCUGGUUCUUCUGGGUGACACGGCUGUGGGAAAAUCCUGCUUGGUUGUGCGAUUUGUACGCGACGAGUUUUUCGAAUUCCAGGAGCCCACAAUUGGAGCUGCUUUCCUUACACAGACAGUCGGUCUUGAGGAUGGACUGACGGUCAAGUUCGAGAUCUGGGAUACCGCAGGACAAGAACGAUACCGCAGCUUAGCGCCGAUGUACUACCGUGGUGCCGCAGCUGCAAUCGUUGUGUACGAUGUGACUAAUAAAGACUCCUUCGUUGGAGCCAAGUCCUGGGUCAAAGAACUCCAGCGUCGUGGCGAUCCAAAUGUUGUCAUCGCUCUCGCGGGUAACAAAGCCGAUCUCGAAGCGCGCCGCAAGGUUGAGUACGAGGAGGCUCACCAGUACGCUGAAGACAAUGAUAUUUUGCACAUGGAGACAUCUGCAAAGACGUCUGUGAACGUGAAGGAUCUGUUUGUUGCUAUUGCAAAAAGGCUUCCAAAAAACCCACCUCAACCCGAGCGUGAGGCGUUCCCGAUUACUCCACCCCAAGCGUCCAAAUCUAAGAGCGGAUGCUGCUAG